CCACUCGGUCUCGCCAGCCAUGAAGGUGGUGUGCAUCAGCCUCACCCUCACCAUCGUGGUGACCGCCUGCCUGUGCCGGCCCGCAGCGGAGGCGCCAGGCACUGCACAGGACCCCCACCAGCCCCCCACCAGCCUGAUCCGGCGGGACUGGCCCGACUCCCUGUCCCAGGAGCAGAAGCACCUCGUCCAGUUCCUGCCCCACAUCUUCACAGAGCUGAGUGACCACAAGGGCUACGUGCACGGGGACAAGGGGAUGGAGGCUCUGCACGACCACUACUACCCCGACUGGAUGGACUUCGGCCGCCGCAGCGCCGAGGACUCCCCCGAUGCCGUGUAGCUGCUGGGCUGGCCACGCUGUGCACAGCACCGGCACGCUCGGUGCAUGUCUCU